UGCGGGCCUCCUCUGAGCGGGUCGCGAACUCUGACCUCCUGUAGCUGCAGUGAGCCGUCACUUUACAAUAAUUUAUCUUAACACCGCAGGAUUUGGAUAAUAACCCACGCAUUAAGGGUGGGUGUGCGACUGAUGGGGCAUUGCUAGCCAGUUUUUUGAAGGAUUGGCAUCAUGGAAGGAGAAAGUCCCAGAAUUCAGCUGGUCUCUGCAGAUGGCGGCCUACAGAUUGUCACGGAGCAACAGUUGGCCCAGAAAGUGCAAAUAGUCACAGCCAUUGAUCAGGCUGGAGCUGGAAAGCAGCAGUUUAUAUUAGCUAACCUGGACUACCCCAACCAGGAGAAACUGUUCAUCAAACAGGAGAACUCACCGGCCAAGGUCAUCUUAACCUCUUCCGAUGGCUCAGCUGUCAAUCAACUGCUUUUCGCAUCACCUGAGCUAUCAGGACAACAAAUCCAGUUUGUUACAGAUGGCUCAGAUCAGGGAGCGAUGAAGCCUCCAGUGGAGUACUGUGUAGUUUGUGGAGACAAGGCAUCAGGUCGUCAUUAUGGUGCAGUGAGCUGUGAGGGCUGUAAAGGUUUCUUCAAGCGCAGCAUCAGGAAGAAUCUGGUGUACACCUGCCGCGGGUCUGGAGAGUGUGUCAUCAAUAAACACCAUCGCAACCGCUGUCAGUACUGCAGACUGCAGCGCUGCAUGGCCCUUGGCAUGAAACAAGACUCUGUUCAGUGUGAGAGGAAACCAGUAGAGGUGUCGAGAGAGAAGCCAGCAAACUGUGCGCCCUCAAUCGAAAAGAUCUACAUCCGCAAAAACCUAUGCAGCCCUCUCGCUGCAAUGCCAACGUUUGUCAGCCAAAAAGAAACCACCAGGCCCACAAGUUUACUGGACUCCAACAUGCUCUUGAAUAUCCAGCAGUCCAUUUCCAAACUUGACAACACUAUUUUAAUUCCUUCUUCGCCAGAUCAGAAUGAUUCCAAUCAGGGAGAUCUGGGAACUCUGGCCAACGUAGUCACAUCUCUCGGUCACCUCAACAAAAGUCGGGAGAUGAUGGACAGCAGUACUGACUUAUCAGGAAUCGAGACCAUGAGUAACGAUGACAGCGUUAUGACAGACAUUCAGAGGGAGGAGUCAAAUGACGUCACACGAGCUUUUGACACGCUCACAAAGGUACUAAAGGCUGAGGAGAGCUGUGGAGAAGAGGUGGCUGAUGGGGCUGUGACUGUGAGGGAUGACGAACAGACCUCUGCGCUGCUGGAACUGGAAGGACCGCUGCUCUCAGAUAUGCACGUGCCUUUUAAGCUGAUGAUGCCGCUGCCCAUGCCGGACUUCCUGAAUCUGAAUUACAUCUGUGAAUCAGCUUCCCGUCUGCUUUUUCUCUCCAUGCACUGGGCUCGAUCGAUUCCAGCUUUCCAGGCUCUCGGCUCAGAAAACGGCAUCACUCUUAUGAAGGCCUGCUGGAAUGAGUUGUUUGCUUUAGGUCUGGCUCAGUGUUCACAUAUUAUGAAUGUAGAAACCAUUCUCACAGCCAUAAUCAACCAUUUACAGACCAGCUUGGAUGAAGAAAAACUGUCUCCAGAGCGGGUGAAGCAAGUCAUGGAGCAUAUCUGGCGCAUGCAGGAAUUUUGUAACAGUAUGAGUCGCAUGAGUCCUGAUGCAUAUGAAUAUGCUUACCUCAAAGCUGUGGUCCUUUUCAGUCCAGAUCACUCAGCUGUAGACGGCACACUUCAGAUUGAACGAUUUCAGGAAAAAGCCUAUAUGGAACUGCAGGAUUAUGUGAGCAAAGUGUAUCCCGAAGAUACGUAUCGUCUUUCAAAGCUGUUAGUUCGUCUGCCAGCUCUGCGGCUCAUGAGCGCAGCAGUCACCGAAGAGCUGUUUUUUGCAGGCCUCAUCGGCAACGUCCAGAUCGACAGCAUCAUUCCCUACAUCCUCAAAAUGGAAUCUACCGACUACAACAGCCAGCCAAUCAGCAGUGUCGAGUGACGAACCCCGCCCACAGCCUCACCCAUCAGCUUUAACAUGUCUCCGGCUUUGCACAUCCAGAUGCUUUAUAUAAUCAUAUGAAUUUUGAAUGAGGAAAUAAUUUUGUUAUGACUUUGCUUUUUCAUUUUGGUCAGUGAUUGUGUCUAUGGGUUUUGUAGUAUGGAUUACCACAAUUGUUGUGGUUCAGUCCUUCGGGCUUUUAUUGUAUUGUUGUAAUUAUGUUUAAAAAGUGUCUAUGAAGACAGAAGUGCAGGAACUUGUUCUGGAGAACUUGUUCUAGAGACCUUUUCCCCCACAAAGCACUGACUUUCUCUGUAUGUAUAUGAAUCAUGUAUAUAGGACUAAUAAUAAAUAUCAAAUCAAGGACAAAAAUCUGUGUA